GUUGGGGUUGAUGGUUUUUGUCUGUCUUUCUCUCCGUCUCUCUGUUCUGUCAGUCUUUCAAUUAUAUUAUCUAUCUUACGCUCAUUUCGGUACAUUCAUUGGCUUACUUGCGAGAAGAGGUCGCUCACUCACUGGCUAUCUACCUACCAUCCUUUCCACCUACCUACCUACACCCUCCAAACCCCUCCCACCGAGACCUUCAUACACCUCAAAAAUGGCCCUCACAAAAGAAGUCAUCAUCCUCCUCGUGAUCGUCGGCUGCGUCGUCUUCACACUCAUGGGCUACUCGAUCCACUACCUCGCGACAAACGGGUUCCACGGCGAGGGCGGCGAGCCGGAGAUGGGCCAGGAGCAGAGGCAGUAUAUGCGCGAGCUCCGGAUGAAGCAGCUGCAUUGGAUGGCGCGCGAGGCACGCGAGGCGCGCGGGGCGCGCAGGGCGCAUGAUGUCGAGACCCCCGUUUCCGGGGUUUAUUCGACCAAGGAGGGGUAUUAA